AUUGUGUCGACAUGAUUUUUUAAACCUUAAAUUUUUGUUAUAAAAAAACUAAUAUUUUCAGUCAAAAGCUAUAAUCACCUUCGCAACGGAGCCGACGCCCACAUCCCUGUGACAGGCGUAACACGCGCGGCAAGUUUCUGCUCCUGCAGCACGCGAGCUGCGUUUGGACUGGACGUCAGGCACUUCAAUGCAAAACAACGAAGCUGAUGAUGACGAUGUUGGCAGAGGAAGGCAGAGAAGAUUCGGGUUUUAUUUGAAGAGCACCUGCUUGUGACAGCCCAGCUUUCCCUGAGUGCCAGUGCUUUUGGGUGUGACGGAUGUCUUUUGUCCUCCACCUGCUUCCUCUCUUCCAUUUAAACGAACUGGAUAUGUUCUGUAUGGAUUUGCAUCUUUCUGGAAUUACAUUUAACUAAAAAGUUACGCUUAGAUAUGCUCACGACUUCUGCGCACUAGUUGACUGGUGCAAUUGUCUUCUGAACGGAUCGGUUACCCAUGUCUGAGUUUUGGUGCUCAUCUUUGUACCAUUUGCGAAGUGUACGUUGCGUUUAUUUUCACAUCGAGUGAGCGCACUCCAAAUGCAUGCACUGUUUGACCGCAAUUGGAAAGGGCUGGGAAUCGAUCUGUCUCCGGUCUCGUUGCCCCACGCCGUGAGGAUGUUCAGCUGUGUCGGGUGUUUUUGGGUGCUCCUGUCCUCCGCCCUGGUAGCGAUCUGCAGUUUCAGUUUUAUUUCACCCGCGUGGGUUGUGAAGGACCACCUGAAAAACAAGGACUCCGUGAGUUUCGGGCUGCUCUGGCACUGCUCGGAGUCUCUGGAUCAUAUGUACAAAUGCUACACCUUCGGCGGGCUGGGCAAAUUUCAAGAAAUUCCUUCAAGCUCUUGGCAGACAAGUGCUGUGCUGUGUUCGGGUGGAUGUGCUCUGUUGGCCGUCAGCUCCCUUCUGGCCAUCAUCACCAUCUUCCUGCCCGGUGGAGCCUGUGAGAGGAGAAUCUGCACGCUGGCUGGAUACAUGCAGAUGGCCGCAGUGUUCAUUAUGGCAUCCGGUCUGCUGGUUUAUCCCAUUGGCCUCAACUCCAACCUGGUCAAGUCUUUCUGCGGAGACUCUGACAUCUACUAUGCCGGGGAGUGCCAGAUAGGAUGGGGCUACAUGCUGGCAAUCGUGGGUGUAAUGCUUACCCUCUUCCUCCCCUUUUUCGCCAAGUAUGCCCCCAAAGAGCAGCUAUCACCCACCCCGCUGCCCACCCUUUUAUAGAGCGCUGAAGACCACCACCUGAUAUAAACACCCUGAUCAGCCAUAGUAACAAUGAAGCGAUUGUGUUGACGUUGGACACACUGCAAAGUCUCAUUUUCCAUGGUUGGUAGCGAUGAUGUCAUGAUGGUGUCACUGGAAAGAAGAAUUGAAGAUGUAACCCUUUGUAUUCUCAUUGAUUGUGUGCUGACUACUUCAUUUUCUUGUCCUUUUAUUUGUUCAGAGUCUGCAAGGUGGGUAUUUGAAGAGGACGAUAUGGAUUUGGGUAUUUUGUCCCCUUUCUUAUUUAUUUCCAAGGUCUGUCUUUUUUCUUGAUGGAAGACCCUUACUAAUGAAUGAAAAUAUUAAAGGACACGUGGGCAUGCUUUGAAGAGAAAAUCUGAAAACUUUCCAAAAGUUGGUCCUUCUCAGAACCUGAUGAGUAAAUUUACAGAAGCUCCUGAAAAACUGCCUUCAAACUCAAUAAAUCUGCCAGAUUUCUUCAGUUUUGUUUAAAACAGUUUUCAGGUUAUAUCAGGCACCUGAAAACAGAAUCCAUGACACCGGAGGACCAACACUGUGGCUUACGCUAAACCUCUUGUUCGCUGUAAAAUGAUCGCUAACAUCACAGGCUUUUGUCUGAAACUGUAAAACUUCCAGAAACUUUGACAUAGCUUCAGACUCACACGUGAGUGGAAGGAAGAGGAUUUUUACGUGACCGCUAACACAAGCAUGAACUCCUUCCCAAAACUCCAAAAAGUGAGAACAUCCAAUAAAUAAAACACAGUUUAUUCAUGUUUUUCUCCAAACGUAUGUCCAUUUCCUGAGGGAAUGGGAAAUGUGAAAUCCUCCUCAUGCUUUUGUUACUGUACCACCUGCUGAAUUAUUCAGGAUUUAACAAUAUCAGGAGGAUUUGGAGAAGUUGGGUUUAGUCAACACUGAGACUACAUGUUCUUGGAAAAUACCAACUUCUAACCAACUUGUGCCUUUUGACCAUUGCUAAGAUUUAAGUACCUUUCAUCAGGUACUUCUACUGAAACGUUUUGUUAAUUCUCUCUUGUUAUAUUAAUGUCAUGCGAUUGUGUCUUCAUCUAUAAUGAUGAUUAGAAGCGUGUUUCAACUGAAAGAGUUUAACAUAGGUCCUCCAUGCCAAGUUAACGUCCGGUUGGGUUUUAAAGUGAUAGUUCAACCAAAACUGGAAAUUCUGUCAUCAUUCACUCAGCCUCAUGUCAUUUCAUACCUGUAUAAUAUGAACACCGAGAAAGAUAUUUGGAAAAAUGUUAGCAAUUUUCAAUUCUGUGACAUCUGCCAUAGUAGGAAAAUUAAAUGGUAGUCAAAGGUGCCCCAGAACUGUUUGUUUUCCUACACUCUUCCAAAUAUCUCACUUUGUGUUCAACAGAGCAAAAAAAGAUACAAUAUUUUUUUCCUACUAUGGUAGUGGAUGAUGUCACAGAACUGAAAAUGGCUAACAUUCUUACAAAUAUCUUUCUUUGCUUUUAACAGAACAAAGAAAUUUAUAUAGGUUUGAAACAACCUGAGGGUGAGUAAAUGAUGACAGAAUUUUCGUUUUUGCGUGAACUAGCCCUUUAAGGGAUUACAAGAAGUUUUCAUAACUAAAUUAGUUUUGAACAGCCAGUAAAAACAAUCUCAGUCUUGAUUUCUUGUGAUUAUUUAGAUAUGUUUAUGUACCGUUUAAGCUAAUGCGCUAACGCAUUUAUGCCUGGCACAGCAAUACAGUGAAGCUAAACCUUCUACGUGAUACAUUGGCCCAGACAGAAUGUGCAGACAUUUUUCGCAUUUUCAGAUUUGGGGGAUAUCUGCUGAAUCUGGCAAUAUUGAUGGUAAAAUGUUUGUUAUACUUUUACUGGUUGCUGAAAGCAUCAGAAUAGGGCAUGUAAAGACUUUUUUUGAAAUUUGCUAAUUUUGUGUGGGUCAACGUAUAAUAUACAAACAUACUCGGUGAACAGAGCACAACAUUAAACUGGCAUCAAAUGUCAAACAUGAGCAGGCCCUUUAAAUGUUAUGCAGCAGUACACCAGUUGUGUGAAGCCACUCUUUCAUCUUUUACCAUGUACUGUAUGUGAAGUCUGACCACUGGUAGAACGUAGAAUUUGUAGAUUAGUGCUGUGGGUUUUCCCAAUGUGAUGUUCUGAUUGUAAAUAAUUCUGUAACAUGGCCUUCUUCAGAUGGUCGGAUCCCGUUUGAAAGAGAUUUUUUGAGAUGUUACCUCAUCGUUGUGUUCAAUUUUGAAUCCUUAAAAAUGUUAUGUGUUUCUUCUUUGUAAUAAAGCAUU